CUGAGAGUGAAAGAUGAGCAGCUUAAAAAAAAAGAGAAGCAACUGGGAGAAAAAGGCAAGCUUGUGAUGGAGAAAGAUAAGCAAUUGAGGGAGAAAGAUGAGCAAAUGAGAGCUAUAGAGGAGAAACUGAGAGCGAAAGAGGAGUACCUUAAUAUAAACGAAAAGCAACUGCGAGAAAAAGACAAGCAGGUGAUGGAGAACGAUGAGCAACUGAGGAGAACAGAAGAGCAACUGAGAGUGAAAGAUGAGCAGCUUGAAAUAAACGAGAAGCAACUGCGAGAAAAAGGCAAGCUAGUGAGGGAGAAAGACAAGCAAUUGAGGCAGAAAGAUGAGCAAGUGAGAGCGAAAGACGAGCAGCUUAAAAUAAACGAGGAGCAACUGCGAGAAAAAGGCAAGCUUGUAAGGGAGAAAGACAAGCAAUUGAGGGAGAAAGACAAGCAACUGAGGAGAACGCAAGAGCAAGUGAGAGUGAAAGAUGAGCAAAAACAGAGUUUAGAAAGACAGUUAACCACUUUAGAAGGUGAUAAAAAGAAAGAAAGCGCCAAAUUGCAAGAGCAAUUAAAUGUGAGGGUGCAAGAACUGACCGACUUACGAAAAGAGUUGAGAGAUCGUGAACAAGACAACGUUGUGCUCGAAAAAGACCUUUCCGCAGCUAAAGAAAAACUAACUGAAUAUGAAAGUCAGUUAAAGACACGUGACUGGGUCCUUUGCCGAAAUGAAGUUCAGUUAAGUGAUGAAAGUCUGGGCGUGGGGGCGUUGGGACGAGUUGUGAAAGGUAGAUACUGUGGCUGUGUGGUGGCUAUAAAACAGCUUCAUCAACCGACUCUUACUCAACGAGAGCGCCGUUUGUUUGAACGAGAAAUGAAUAUAGCCUCAAGGUGCCGCCAUCCAUGCUUGUUACAAUUCAUUGGGGCUACCCAAGACGAAAGGCCUUUGUUUAUUACAGAAAUCAUGGAAAAAAGUUUACGAAAGUUGUUAAGGGAGCGACAACAAGAGAAUGAACAUCUCACCGAAACAGAAAUCAUUUUUAUAUCUUUGGAUGUCGCUCGAGCCCUAAACUACCUUCAUCAACGAAAACCUGAACCAAUUGUUCAUCGUGAUGUGAGUAGCGCUAAUGUUUUGCUGUGGAAACAGAAUAACCAGUGGAGAGGCAAACUUGGGGAUUAUGGAACUGCUAAAUUUCUUCAGGAAACUAUGACAGUUGCUCCUGGAGCUAUGAUUUACGCCGCACCUGAAAUAGGUUGUCCUUUCAAGCAAACUGUGAAGGUAAGUCUAUUAUAUGGAAUCAGUUUGUAA